CCUCAUCCCACCAAGCCAGCAGUCGCAGCACGAAAAGCUUCCUGCUCCCCCUCUCUCUUCGACUCUUCCUCGUCAGUUUCUCCUGCUGCCGCUUUGGCUCAUCAGGCCGGCGGCUCGAAUAAUCCCCCUGCGGAUUCCCCCCUCCCGAAGGCAGGCCAAAGCUCGCACCUUUCUUCCCCUCGUGGACCGAUUCUCAGCCCCGGCGGACUCCGCGCAGAGCUCACGUCGCCGAUCCCGCUCCCGGAUUCUCUUGGUGCCGCCAGGAGACGGCGUCCAGUCCAGGUUACUCUUUGCUUUCAAAAAAAAAAAAAAAUCGGCCUCACUGUCUGAACUGCUAGCAUGGGUGCUGUGCUUGGACGGCAUGACACCCACAAGCGGAGUUUCCAUGGUUCGAAGCUGGAGUCAAAGAUGGUUGAUGCUAUGCAGAAGAGAGCGUUGCAUGGAACUUCACUGAAAUCGUUCGAUAGUAUUAUCAUGAAGUUCCCCAAAAUAGACGAGAGUUUUAGAAAAUGCAAGACUAUCUUCGAACAAUUUGAUGAAGAUUCCAAUGGCGAAAUAGAUAAAGAAGAACUGAAACAUUGUUUUCAAAAGCUGGAAAUCUCAUUCACAGAGGAGGAGAUAUCUGAUCUCUUUGAAGCUUGCGAUAUAAAUGAAGAUAUGGGCAUGAAGUUCAAUGAGUUCAUUGUCUUUCUGUGCCUUGUCUAUCUUCUCAAUGAACCAGCUGUCUCAGAAGCAAAGAUAAAGAUGGGACUAGGAAAUCUUGAGGCAACUUUUGAGACCUUGGUUGAUGCAUUUGUCUUCUUGGAUAAGAAUAAGGAUGGGUAUGUGAGCAAGGAUGAGAUGAUCCAAGCAAUAAAUGAGACCACAACAGGAGAGCGCUCUUCUGGGCGUAUAGCCAUGAAAAGAUUUGAGGAAAUGGACUGGGACAAGAAUGGAAUGGUGACAUUCAAGGAAUUUCUCUUUGCCUUCACUCGUUGGGUAGGGAUUGAUGAAAAUGAGGAUGACGAUGAAUAAGGACUUUGAAGGCUGGUUAUUCUUCAAGGGUUGGGAGAAGAUCAGCCCCGGAGAGGCUGGAAAUUAAUGACAGAUAAAAGUAGUUGGUGUUCAUUGGUUGCUUGUUGAUCAUGAUGUUCAUGUCAUUGUUAAUAGAAAUGUCUCAACAUACUCCUAGUAGGAUGACUUGCAUGUCUGAACACUGGUAUCAAUGUUACAGUGCUAUCUACUUACUACUUUUCCCCUUGUCGUUGCUGCUCGAUUCUGCGCUAGGUCGCACCAAUCCUUUUCAAUCAUGUGCAGCUUCUUGUUGGUACACUGAUAACAAACUGCUACUAUUCCCCUUUUCCUCAGGGUGGAAUCGGGCACAGUGCACAGGGAACAAGGUGCCCCCUUACUAUAAAUCUUGAUAUUCUUUUUCUAAUGUACUAUGUUCUGUUGUUCCUGUGGAUGUAUGUAUUUCGACUAUUAUUAAUAUCUGAUCUCAUAUACUUGCA